AUGAUCUCCGCGCGUGCUUUCGUUGCGCCUUCGCGCCAAUGCUUGCGGGGCUUGCGAGUCGCUCCCACCCAAGCAUCCCCAUUUUCACAGUUUCGCGGAUAUGCCGCCGCUGCCAAGGGCAAAGUCGGCGCGUUCAAGGGAACCAAGGGCCCUGAUGGCAACUACACAGUGACUCUCAUUGAGGGUGACGGAAUUGGGCCCGAGAUCUCUCAGUCCAUCAAGGAUAUCUUCUCCGCCGCAAAGGUUCCUAUCAAGUGGGAGCCCGUUGAUGUUACGCCAAUUCUGAAGGACGGACGCACCACAAUCCCCGAGUACGCUAUCAAUAGUGUCCGCAAGAACUACGUUGCUCUGAAGGGCCCCCUCGCUACUCCCAUUGGCAAGGGACACGUUUCUCUCAACCUUACUCUUCGCCGUACCUUCAACCUCUUCGCUAACCUUCGUCCUUGCCGCUCCGUUGCCGGAUACAAGACCCCAUACGACAACGUCGACACUGUCUUGAUUCGUGAGAACACUGAGGGUGAAUACUCUGGUAUCGAGCACGUUGUUGUUGAUGGCGUUGUCCAGAGCAUCAAGCUUAUUACACGCGAGGCAUCCGAACGUGUUCUCCGCUUCGCUUUCCAACAUGCUGAGGCUUCUGGCAAGAACAAGGUCCGUGUUGUGCACAAGGCUACUAUUAUGAAGAUGUCCGAUGGUCUUUUCCUCAACACUGCCCGGGAAGUUGCCAAGGAGUUCCCGAAUAUCGAGUUUGAUGCCGAGCUCCUCGACAACACCUGCUUGAAGAUGGUCACUGACCCCACGCCAUACAACGACAAAGUCCUUGUCAUGCCCAACUUGUACGGUGACAUUCUCUCGGACAUGUGCGCCGGUCUCAUUGGCGGUCUCGGUCUUACACCGUCCGGAAACAUUGGUGACGAGUGCUCUAUCUUCGAAGCUGUGCACGGUUCUGCUCCGGACAUUGCCGGCAAGGCCCUUGCUAACCCCACUGCGCUCUUGCUCAGCAGUAUCAUGAUGCUGCAGCACAUGGGCCUCAACGAGUACGCUACUCGUAUCCAGAAGGCCGCCUUUGACACCCUGGCUGAGGGCAAGACCCUCACCGGUGACCUUGGUGGAUCUUCCAAGACCCACGAAUAUGCCGGAGCUAUCAUCAAACGCCUAUAA